AUGAGCGCCCACGGUUGGCUUUCGGAGGAAGAGGAACCGGAACCGGAGGUCGGAGGGCGGGCUAAGGGAGGCGUGGCUCCUAGGCUCAUGGCGGGUGGCUGGUUGGAACUCUGCGGGAACAUGCGGUCUUUGGGUGGCCUAUGUUGGCGUCUCAUGCCUCGCGGACCCAGGCUUUGGAGCUCGCCCCAGGGGCCUUUGAGAGCCGUGUUCAGGCCACUCUGCGCGCGUCCAGAGGAAGCGUGGCUGGCUUCCGGGCUCGCCGGCUGCUACAGGGGAAGCCGGUUUCUUAGUACUGCGUUACCUCCACCACCAGGGUCGUCGGGGCCGGGCUCGAAAGGCCGUAGAGACCCAACGCGCCCCUUGCAGCCCGGGCCUGUGUCCUGGAAGUCUUUAGCACUCACAUUCGCUGUUGGAGGAGCUUUAUUGGCUGGAAUGAAGUACUUCAAGAAAGAAAAGACAGAAAAACUGGAGAAGGAACGGCAGCGAUCCCUAGGCAAGCCUUUACUUGGAGGACCAUUUUCUCUCACAACCCACAUUGGAGAACCAAAGACUGACAAGGACUACCUGGGCCAGUGGGUACUGAUUUAUUUUGGUUUCACUCAUUGCCCUGAUGUCUGUCCGGAAGAACUAGAAAAAAUGAUUCAAGUUGUGGAUGAAAUAGAUAAUAUUCCAACGCUGCCAAAUCUAACUCCACUUUUCAUCACUAUUGACCCAGAAAGGGACACCAAAGAAGCCAUUGCAAAUUAUGUGAAAGAAUUUUCUCCCAAGCUGGUUGGCUUGACUGGCACAAGAGAAGAGAUUGAUCAAGUGGCCAGAGCUUUCAGAGUGUAUUACAGUCCUGGCCCCAAGGAUGAAGAUGAAGAUUACAUAGUAGACCAUACGAUAAUUAUGUACUUGAUUGGACCCGACGGUGAGUUUCUGGAUUAUUUUGGCCAGAACAAGAAGAAUGCAGAGAUAGCUGGUUCCAUCGCUGCGCACAUGAGGCAGCAGAGGAAGAGGAGCUAG